AUGGCGGCAGCUGUUUUUUUGCCACCGAUUAGUCCUAAUGCAAAAACUACAAAAUAUCCAUCAUCACCUCGUUCAUCUGAAAUAAAACAUAUUCGUCUUCAAUUAGAUCCAUUACGAUUACAUGAGCCAGCACGCACAAAAUUAUCAACGUUAGAAACACAACGUAUCAUGGUAGUAUUCGAUGAUCUUGUUAGAAAAAUAGAAUUAGUCAGGUAUCUACCGAUUAUUUUUAAUCAUAUGGAAUUAUUUAAAAGUCUACUCGACCAAAAUACAAUAGCUGAAAUUGAUCGUCACAAUCGAUUAAAAAUAGCCUAUGAAAGUGGUCGUAGUUUAAAAUCAAUUUCCAAUAUUUUAGAAUCAUUGCCACAAUAUGAAAAUUAUUCUAAACGUCUUGGAUUGACAACAUCUCAACAACAAACAGAAAAAGCUGCUUAUCAAUAUUAUGUUCAACAAUCAAUACGAAAUAUUGUAAGAAAUAUUUUACAUAACAAUCAAUUUGAUAUAAUCAAACAAACAUUAGCGUCUAACAAUCUGUUACCAGAAGAAAAAGAUGUCAUGAAAAUUUUAAAAACACUGAAAGAAAAUGCAAUGGAACGUUUUUUAACCACACCAAAUGAAGAACGUGAAAAGGUGGAAGAAAUAAGAAAUUUAAAUGAUCGAUUAAUAUCAAAUGAAGGAGUUAUACGAAAACUAGAGAAAGAACUAAACGAUGCCAUUCAAGAACGUGAUACCGAGAAUGGAGAAACGGGUGCUUAUCCCCACAAUAGUAAAACUCUUCGAGAUGAUAGAAUCUUAGUUAUAAGUAUGUAG